GUCAGUGUCAGCUGACGUUUAUGCAGCUCCGUGUUUAAAGGAAAAAUAAUUCUGUAGCGGUUUUGCUCACUUUUUUUUAACAGCACGGACACAAUGCUGCGCCCAAAAGCGUUAACUCAGGUUCUCAGCCAGGCGAACACUAACGGAGUCCAGAGCACACUGUUGCUGAAUAAUGAAGGUUCUCUGUUGGCCUAUUCGGGUUACGGGGACACGGACGCUCGGGUCACAGCAGCCAUCGCCAGCAACAUCUGGGCUGCUUAUGACAAAAACGGACACCAGGCUUUCAACGAGGACAAGCUCAAGUUUAUCCUGAUGGACUGCAUGGAAGGCAGAGUGGCCAUUACCCGGGUCGCAAACUUACUUCUGUGCAUGUAUGCGAAGGAGACUGUGGGCUUCGGGAUGCUGAAAGCCAAGGCAGAGGCCCUGGUGGAGUACCUUCAGGAACCACUGACGCAAGUUGCAGCAUCGUAGAUGGAUAAAUCUGAAAUUUGACCCUUACUUUGCUAAAACCCUGUUAUUUCAGGCUUUAUUUAUUUGCUUAGUUGAUCACAGACUAAAAUUGCACUGUUCUUUACACAAGUACUGAUCAGAAUUUGAUGUAAAUCACCCCCAAAUCCCCCCCC